AUGAACGAUUUGGAUGGGACUAAAAUGACAAAGUUCUUCUGGAGAAAUGAAACUCUGGGCAUGAAUCAGACCUUGGUAUCCGUGUCAGAGUUUGUGCUGUACUGUUCAGUCGACUAUCAGAAGAAAAUCUACACUAUUGCCAUCCUCACUAUGGUCUACUUGGUGACUCUCUUUGGGAACUUCCUGAGUGAGAGAGAUUAUAUGACAAAUUAUGCAAAUUUGCUGCGGGAACUAUGCAGUAUUUUUGUCAAUAUCAAGAGAAGCGUCACUCUGGGCAUGAACCAAACCUCAAUAUCUGUGUCAGAGUUUGUUUUGCUUUGUACAGUCGACUCCCAGAAGAUAAGCUACACCAUUGCUGUCCUCACUAUGGUCUACUUGGUGACGAUGUUUGGGAACUUCCUGGUGAUUCUGGUCAUAGCCAUAAAUCCUCAGUUGCAAAGGCCCAUGUACAUUUGUAUUGCUACUUUAGCAGUUAUUGACUUGGUAGGCAGCACAAACAUCAUUCCUAAACUAAUUGCUGUUCUUUUAGACUGGACGUCUAUUCCCUAUGGACUCUGCUUACUUCAAAUGCUCUUAGUUUUAUAUUUAGAAGCAGCAGAAUCCUUACUCUUGGCUUUCAUGGCGUGUGACCGCUAUGUAGCAGUCAUUCUUCCACUUCAGUAUUCUACACUCAUCACAGAUAAGAUUCUUGUAUCUGCCAUUACAGUAUUAAAUAUUGUUCCUGCCGCUUUUCUUCUGCCAAAUUUGAUUUUUAUCAUUGAGUUUUCUUUUUGUAAUACUAAUGUUUUAAAUUACUGUUUCUGUGAUUAUUCUGCAUUAGUGAAAAUAGCUUGCAAUGAAGAUCCUAAAUAUUUUGUCAUUUUAUCAUCUGCUUCUUUUGUGUUUGGUGCUUGUCCAUUUGGAUUCAUUUUACUUUCCUAUAUCAGGAUUGCUUAUGCUGCACUGAAGAUCUCAUCUAUUGAAGGAAAAAGGAAGACAUUUAAUACUUUAACCACCCAUCUACUGGUGGUGGGACUGUUCAAUAUUCCACUUUUAACUUCUUAUGUGCUGACAGGAGUAGGAGUGAAGUUGUCCACUGAAGCCUACAACACGAUGGUAAUUGUGGCCAAUACUGUACCGCCAAUGCUUAACCCCCUAAUAUACAGCUUUAGAAACAAGGAAAUAAAAAUCAACAUUCAGAAACUUUUCAAAAGUACAUGA